AUUCUAAGAGCUAGAAACCUGUACGAGAGAGAGCGUGUGUGUGUACGUGUGCUGAGGGAAGAGGCGCAGUCACACUGACUGACUCCCUGGGAAAAACUGGAAAACUUUGAAAUGAAGGAAACCAUGAAAGCGUGACUGGAGUAUACUGUGUUACUUAGGUUUCACAUGAGUGUUUUGUAGAAAACAUGGGGCUCCGUGUCGGAGUGGUGCACUGAUGAUUUGAAUGCAGUUUGUAGGUUUCCUACCUCCUGCAAAACAUUUUGCUGUCGUGAGCUGAGGAAACAUGACUGUGGCCAAUGCAAAGUCUGGCUCAGCAAUGCAGCAGGUAUUGGACAAUCUUAAAGGCCUGCCAUCGGGCAUGGAAGCCAAAGAUAUCGACCUCAUCUUCCUCAGAGGCAUCAUGGAGAGUCCCAUCGUCCGUUCCCUUGCGAAGGCUCAUGAGUGUCUCGAAGACGUUAAGUUAAAAGCCGUGCGGGACGAAAAUGUUAAGCUGGUCACAGAAAUCCUGGAGUUCCUCAACAACCUGCCAGAAAAAGAUGCUGCUGCUGCAGAGCUUGCCAAAAUCCUUCAGGAGCCUCACUUCAUGUCUCUGAUAGAGGCUCACGACACUGUGGCUGCUAAGUGCUAUGAAAUGCCCCAAGAUGAGGUGAACAGCAAUACCUUGUUGACUAGUUCACUAAUGCCAGCUGAUGCUGUCAGGAUGAUUUGCAUCCAGAAGAAAGCUGGAGAGCCACUGGGAGUGACUUUCCGCGUGGAAGGGGGAGACAUGGUGAUCGCACGGAUCCUGCACGGCAGUUCGAUUGACAGGCAGGGCAUGCUGCACGCUGGUGACAUAAUCCGUGAGGUGAACGGCCGCGAGGUCGGCAGCAACCCCCAUGAACUCCAGGAGCUGCUGAUGGACUGCAGUGGGAGCAUCACACUCAAGGUCCUGCCCAGCUACAGAGACACACCGGCACCACCACAGGUUUAUGUGAAGUCACAUUUCAACUACAACCCGACCACAGACAACCUGAUCCCCUGCAAAGAGGCAGGUCUGGCCUUCUCCAAGGGAGACAUUCUUCAUGUAGUAAACAAGGAGGACCCCAACUGGUGGCAGGCGUGCAAAGUCGUUGGUGGAGCCACUGGUCUCAUCCCCAGUCAGUUUUUGGAGGAGAAGAGGAAAGCUUUUGUGAGAAGAGACUGGGACAUUUCUGGUUCUGGAAUGCUCUGUGGAACUGGAACUGCAAGGAAAAAGAAGAAAAAAACCAUGUACCUGACUUCCAAGAAUGCUGAGUUUGACCGCUAUGAGCUACAGAUCUAUGAGGAAGUAGCCAAGAUGCCACCGUUUCAGAGGAAAACCCUCAUUCUGAUUGGAGCCCAGGGAGUUGGGAGGCGGAGCCUAAAGAACAGACUUGUUGUCCUGAAUCCUCUGAGAUAUGGCACCACUAUACCUUUCACAUCACGACGUCCCAGAGAAGAGGAGAAAGACGGCCAGAACUACAGAUUUGUUACACGGGAAGAGAUGGAGAAGGAUAUCAAGGAGAGCCGGUACCUGGAGCACGGGGAGUAUGACGGCAACCUUUAUGGCACCAGGAUCGACUCGAUCCACGAAGUGGUGGGUUUGGGUCGGACCUGCAUCCUAGACGUCAAUCCUCAGGCCUUGAAAUUGUUAAAGACAUCUGAGUUUAUGCCAUACGUGGUGUUUAUUGCUGCUCCUGAACUGGACACACUACGGGCUAUGCACAAAGCUGUAGUAGAUGCUGGACUUACUACCAAACUACUAACGGAGAACGAUUUGAAGAAGACUGUGGAUGAGAGUACCAGGAUCCGCCGUGCAUACAGUCACUACUUUGACCUGACUAUUGUUAAUGACAAUCUGGACAAAGCCUUUGACAAGCUUCAGGAGGAUGUAGAGAGAUUAUUCCUAGAGCCACAGUGGGUUCCGGUCAGCUGGGUGUACUGAAUGACUGCCCUCUGCUGGACAACCAAGGUUGUUGGAGCUGCCAGGUCUGGGAUGAAACAUGACAUCACCCUGUACUGCACACAGAGAUUAAGUGUUGGACAUCAGCCCUGGGUGAAUGUGGGUCUUGCACAAAGCUGCAUCAGAGUCACUUUGAUUGAAAUGCCAGAAUCCUUUACAGCACACUAUGCAAAUGACACCACAGGAAGUGUACUUAAUGGUUAAAUAAUUUAGCUUUCUCUUUAAAUGGAUUGGGAGACAAAUACUGGCCACAGUGUCGGACUGUUUUUUUAAAAAAAAAAAUGCAAAAGUAGUUUUUGCCAUGUUAUUGUUUCCAAUUUACAUCUGUAUGUAAGAUAAGGUAAAGUGUAUUUAUUAUGUUAAAAGCAGGAGGGUUCGCUCAUUAAAAAGGAUGAUACCUCAGUGUUACAGUUUACAGUGCUUAUGCCGCCAGUGUGAUCUCAUGUGUCACUACAAACUUGUCAUUCAUGUAAAACCGUGUCAUCUACAGUACUGUGCAAAAGUCUGGGGGAACAACCUGCUUUGUGGCUUUUAUGUCUGUCAAAUUCUGUGAUCAUUGGCAUUUGGAUUAGAAUGAUGUUACUGCACGUUGGUCUCGUAUAUUAGCAAACUGCCAAUGACUUUAACUCAUACAACGUGUGUACGUAAUGCUCAAGCAUGUCUUGAAUAAACCUGGUGUAAUAGACUUUACAGUCGACAUGAAUAGUACUAGGUUUUACCAAUAACAUUGAUUAGGGUGCCAAUCCAGAUUUAACAAGGUCAGUGUCGUGCUAUUGUCAUACUAAAUACUUGACACUUUAACCUGUAGAAGCUGGGUUUUUUCCCCUCUGAAAAAUGUAUUUUAAAAGUAUAAGUGCCCUGUAUUUCCUUGAUGUGUUCCAAUAAAGUGAUUGAGAAAUAA